UUGUUCUGCUUUUAAAAUAAUUCUUUUGUUUUGUUUUGUUUCUCUUCUAUCUCCUUUCUCUUUCAAUUACCGUUGGAACAAGACGAAGUUUCAGACACACAACACUUCCCCAAUCUCUCUCUCUUAAGACACUGAUGACGAUAUAGUUAUGAGCAGAGGGAGAAAUCACUACCAUUUCCCGUCAUGAAUCCAGCUACUGACCCUGUCUCCGUCGCCGCAGCAGCAGCAGCUUUAGCCCCGCCUCCCCAACCUCCUCAGCCUCACCGCCUCUCUACCUCUUGCGACCGUCACCCCGAAGAGCGUUUCACCGGUUUCUGCCCUUCCUGUCUCUGUGAACGUCUCUCUGUCUUAGAUCAGACCAACAAUGGCGCUUCCUCUUCUUCUCGCAAACCUCCCACCAUCUCCGCUGCCGCUCUCAAGGCUCUUUUCAAGCCUUCCGGAGGUAACAGCAGCGGAAACGGCCGCGUUAAACCCGGAUUCUUCCCUGAGCUCCGUCGCACUAAAUCUUUCUCGGCGUCUAAGAACAACGAAGGGUUCUCAGGCGUCUUUGAGCCACAACGUAGGUCUUGCGACGUCAGAACUCGUAGCUCUCUUUGGAACUUGUUUAGCCAAGAUGAGCAACGAAACCUUCCCAACACUGUCUCCGGCGGUGAGAUUGAAGUCGAGCCGAGAAAAUCUAGCGUCGCGGAGCCUGUUUUAGAGGUGAACGAUGAAGGAGAAGCUGAAAGUGACGACGAAGUCGAAGAGGAAGAGGAAGAGGAAGAGGAGGACUACGUUGAAGCUGGCGACUUUGAGAUCCUUAAUGAUUCCGGCGAACUAAGCAGGGGAAAAAGCGACGAAAUUGUUGAAGAGAUACAAGAGAUUGCGGAAACGGUGAAACCGGAAAAGACUAUUAGCGAAGAGGAGUUGAAGCCGAUUAAGGAUUACAUAGAUCUUGAUUCUCAAACCAAGAAGCCAUCUGUGCGACGGAGUUUUUGGUCGGCGGCCUCUGUUUUUAGCAAGAAGCUUCAAAAAUGGAGGCAGAAUCAAAAGAUGAAGAAACGCCGUAACGCCGGCGACCAUCGCCCCGGAUCAGCUAGAUUACCGGUGGAGAAACCGAUUGGGAGACAGCUCCGGGAUACUCAAUCAGAGAUUGCUGAUUACGGAUUCGGCCGGAGAUCCUGCGACACAGAUCCUAGAUUCUCGCUCGACGCCGGAAGAUUCUCUCUUGACGCCGGGAGAUUCUCUGUUGACAUUGGUAGGAUCUCGGUUGAUGACCCUCGUUACUCGUUCGACGAGCCGAGAGCUUCUUGGGACGGGUCCCUGAUCGGACGGACAGCGUUUCCUCCCGCUGCGAGAGCUCCUCCUCCGCCGUCGAUGCUUUCUGUGGUGGAGGAUGCGGCGCCGCCGGUGCACCGUCACGUAACCCGAGCAGAUAUGCAGUUCCCGGUGGAAGAACCACCACCGCCGGCACCGGUGGUUAAUCAAUCUAACGGUGUGUCUGACCCGGUUAUUAUCCCGGGUGGGUCAAUCCAAACCCGAGACUACUACACUGACUCAUCGUCACGGAGGCGGAAGAGUCUGGACAGGUCUAGCUCCAUGAGGAAAACGGCUGCAGCGGUUGUGGCUGAUAUGGACGAGCCAAAGCUUUCAGUGUCUUCGGCUAUAUCAAUAGAUGCUUACUCAGGAUCAAUGAGAGAUCAUAACAACAAUUAUGCCGUGGAGACCACGGAUAACGGGUUUUUCCGGGAACCGGCAAUGAUGGUCGGCGAGAGGAAAGUGAAUAGUAACGAUAAUAAUAACAAGAAGUCGAGGCGGUGGGGGAAAUGGAGCAUCUUAGGACUUAUUUACAGGAAGAGUGUGAACAAGUACGAGGAAGAGGAGGAGGAAGAGGAUAGGUAUAGGAGACUAAACGGGGGAAUGGUGGAGAGAUCGUUAUCGGAGUCAUGGCCGGAGCUGAGGAAUGGAGGAGGAGGGCCGAGGAUGGUGAGGAGUAAUAGCAAUGUGAGCUGGAGAAGUAGCGGUGGUGGAUCACAGAGGAAAGUACACGGAUUGGAUAGGAAUAAGAGUUCAAGGUACUCCCCUAAGAAUGGGGAAAACGGAAUGUUGAAGUUUUACUUGCCAACUAUGAAAGGUAGCCGGAGAAUGACCGGUGCAGGAGGCGGGUGGGCCAAUAGUAACGGGCAUUCAAUAGCGAGGAGUGUAAUGAGGCUGUAUUGAUCUACAAAUUCUUCAUUGGGAUGGUGGUUUAGGGGUUUUAGCUCUAUCAUGAAGUCUGAACCUUUUUUGUUUUUUUUUUGUAUUUCGUUGGGUUGGGUUUAAUUUCGGUGCAAUUGGUUUACUUUUUUCUAAUGUUAAGGGGGGAGGCAUUUUCAAACGAAUCACUUUGUUGAUGUUAACCGGAAUAAACCGCCUUUUAACCA